UAUUCAACCACUGUCAGAAAAAAGGGGUAUACAUUUAUUUUUUAUAAAAAUGUUUCUUCAGCGGCUGCUCGCGCAUCUCUCUCAAUUAUUCCCUUACAUUCCUUUCUUCUUUACUCAAUCUAUCUGUCCAUUAUUAUUCUUUUCCUCAACUUUAUUCUUCGUCCACCCUUUAAAUUUAAUUAUUUUUUUAUUUUUAAAGAUAUUUAAUUUUUAUCCUUUAUUUAAAAGUUAAAAAUAAAAUAUUUCCAAAAUAAUUUACAAAAUUAUACAAAAAUUUGUACCUAAAAAUAAAUUAAUUACUAAUUUACUUUCAUGAAAAAAAUAAAAAAAUAAAUUUCAAAAUUACUCAUUCAAUUCGUUCUUUCCCUUAUUUUUUUUCUUGCUGAUUUGUCUUUACUCUUCUUGGCUAUUUUUAAUGAAUAUUUACACACAUCACUUUUUUCUUUUUUUCUUAAAAAUAAUCAACACAAAAAUCCAUUCAUUUUCUCAUUUUCAUUAAUUAAUUAACUGCUUACCAUCCUGUUUUUUAGAAAAUCCUUCUUAAAUCCUUCCAACUUUCUUCAAGGUCAGCUUUGAAUAUUUAUCUCUUCCAAACACACACGCAGCCAGCGACAAAGUCUAAAUAUUAAUUGAGUAAUUUAUUUGCAUCUGUGUGAGUUCUCCAUUUGCAAAUAAAAUACUUUAUUUUUGUUUUUAUCCAAGGCGGCUCUUCCCCCCCUCCUAAACCAGCCGCGAAUCAAUCUUUCAUUUUCACAAAUCAGUCUCGAUGAAUAAAUGGGUCAAUAUUUAUAUAUAGACUUCCCCAAAAUAUAUUUAUAUUUAUUUCCAUUUACGCGCACGUUCCUUUAAAUCAAAACAUUAAUUUUUGUUUAUUCCAACAGGGUGACAAUAAAAGUUUAGGACACACUAUUUUUGGCAUAAAUUUAUUCAAGUAAAAGAUAAUGAGCUUAAAUAAAGAUUAAAUCAUAGGGAAUUAAAUAAGGAAUAAAAAUAAUCAAGAAUUUUCAACAAAAUUAAAUUUUAAUUUAAUUUAGUUUAAAUUCUUUUCGGUUUUUAAAAUUAAAAAAAUUUUUUGUUUAUUUUCUACAUAUUUACUUUUCUAUUUUUAAAUUAAAUAUUUUCCAUUUAAAUUAAAGAUUUUUUAAAUUUACAUAUUUAAUUUUUAUUUAAAAUAUGGCUUCAGCCCAUCAGGCACGUUAUUAUGAACAGUCACAGAGGGAAGAACGAGGCCUAGCUACGCAACAACACGAAGAAAGUUUACGUGAUAUGGAACAGAUUCGCCAUACAAACGCUACGUUGGACGUGGCUGGAUCAGAUGCUUUUCGUGCUCAAACAGAACAAGCAGCAAUUCGAAUUGUUACUCCCCACUAUAAAAUACCUGAAAAACCUGGGACAGAUGUCCAAAUUGGUUCUAGUCUUCAAGAUUUAAGUUCUAAAUUAACUGAUGCUGCUGAUUAUAGAGCUGAACGUGCAGCAGAGCAUUUUAGAAUGCAAAUUAUAGAUCCGAGAGUUGCUUCUCAUGCACACAUUCCCGCUCAUGCAAUUCGUGAUUAUGCUCGUCGCCAUUUAAUUGAUGACUUUCCUUCAUUACACGGCAAACGCUCUUUUCUCGACUUGGAAGCUUUGGACCAAUUACGAAUUCGCCCAAAAGGAAAACUUGGGGACGCUACGGAUAGAGACAAAGAUUUGGAUAAAUUUUUGAAGAAUAGGGAUGGAAAGCCUUGGGAAUUGGCACAUCCCCCUAAAGUUGAUGACGAUUCUCUACGUGAAUUGGAUCGAUUGCGUAAUAACAUUGAUAAUCUUCAAAAGGUUAGUUUUUAUUUUUUAAUUAAAAAUAUUCUGCUUAUUUGCUUUGCUUUUUUUCUUUUUAUUUAA